GCGGGCGGCGGGCGGCGGCGGACCGAGAGCCGGAGACCGGCGCCGCGGGACGGAAGCGAGCGGGCGCGGGCGCCGCGCAGAUGGCCGGGGCGAGCAAGGUCUGAGGCUCCGCUGCCCGAAACGUGACCAUGUGGAUUCAACAGCUUUUAGGACUCAGUUCCAUGUGCAUCCGCUGGCCGGGCUGCUCCGUAGGAAGCCAUGCUUGGAUACUUAUAGCCAUGUUUCAGCUCGCCAUGGAUCUGCCCUCGUGUGAGUCCCUGGGCCCGGGCCCCGACUUCCGGCUGCUGCCCCGGCCACCGCAGCGGCCGCCCCGGCUGUGGAGUUUGAAGAGUGGACAGGCGGCGCGCAUCCCUGUGCCCGCGUGGAGCCCACGCCCGGCCCGCGUGGAGCGCAGCCACGGCCAGAUGCCCAGCCCGCGCGCCAAACGGGCGCACAGACCCAGGGACCAGGUGGCCACCCUGGUGCCCAGAGGCGGGCUCGCCAAGCCCCCGGCCGCAGCCGGAUCCAGCUCUUCCCUCGGCUCCUCCUCCGCCGCGGCCCCCUCGCCCACGGCGGGUGGUGCGGCCGGCACGGACCAGCAGGCCCUCCUGCGGAGAGGGAAAAGGCACGUGCAGGGGGCCGGCUUCAACGGCUUUGACUUCCGGGGCAGCAGGCCCACCACCGAGACGGAGUUCAUCGCCUGGGGACCCACGGGGGAGGAGGAGGCCCCGGAGUCCAACACAUUUCCAGGCCUUUACGGCCCCACCACGGCUUCCAUCUCACAGACACGGAAGACGACCGUGGCCAUCGCCACCACCGCCGCCAUGGCCACCACAGCCACCUCCGUGACGCUGCAGACUAAGGGGGCCACUGAGCCCCUGGGCCCGAGGAAUCGGAUCCCGGUUGGGGCUAGCACAACGGAGCCUUCCACCAGUCCCAGCAAAGACAAUGGCGAAGACGUCAAGCCCCCACGAAUUCUGGGGGAGACCUCAGGUCUGGCUGUUCAUCAGAUCAUCACCAUCACUGUCUCCCUCAUCAUGGUCAUAGCUGCUCUGAUUACAACUCUUGUCUUAAAAAACUGCUGUGCCCAAAGCGGGAACACGCGCAGGACCAGCCACCAGCGGAAGAUCAACCAGCAGGAGGAGAGCUGCCAGAACCUGACGGACUUCACCCCUGCCCGGGUGCCCAGCAGCCUGGACAUCUUCACGGCCUACAACGAGACCCUCCAGUGCUCCCACGAGUGUGUGCGGACGGCUGUGCCCGUGUACGCAGACGAGACGCUGCAUCCGACGGGGGAGUACAAGUCCACGUUUAACGGGAACCGACCCUCCUCUGAUCGGCAUCUUAUUCCUGUGGCCUUUGUGUCUGAGAAAUGGUUUGAAAUCUCCUGCUGACUGGCCGAAGUCUUGUGUACCUCCUGGGGGCAGGGCAGACGCCAUGUGUCUAUUUUAUGGAUUCCGUUGGUGAACCUGUAAAAAAAAUAAUAAAUAAAAUAAUUAAACACACACACACACACACACACACACACACACAAAACCUACAAGUAAACUUUGUACGGGGAGGGUCCCCAUACGUACUGCUUCAGUUUGCCGGUGGGAAGCUCAAAGAGCAGGACGCUAUAGGCCAAAUAUAUUUUUAUAAAAAUGCUCACGCCUAUGGGGAACUGCCUUCUGCCAGAGUUUUCUUUGGAGAACGGAGAGAAGCAAAGCAAGAAAGAAGUUGGAGACGAGAAGGAAGGCCAGCAGGAAGCACCUGAAGCCUGGGAUUUGUACUGAUUCUGAACCUUUGCCAAUAAUACCAUUAUGUGCCAUGUACUGACCCGAAAGACUUGGUGACAAAGCCGAAGCCAAGCGAACCACGUGUAGAAAUCUCACAGAAAACAGGGGUGGGAAUCUUCCGACAGAGUCGCUAUUUCUGGUUAAUAUACAUAUAUAAAUAUAUAAAUACACACAGACACACACACACUUUUUUUGUACUGUAGCGAUUUUUGAAGAUCCUCAAUGUUCCUUUUUAAAAAAAAAACGUUAUCGGUUACAAAAUCUGAUUUAUUUAAUGCUUAGUUUGAACAGGAUAAACCGGUGUUUUCUACGUUGGCGACAUGCACACACGCGUGCACACAGACGCCCACACGCAAACACACACGCGCAUAUAGAGGCCUGUAUUGGAAACACAGUUCCAUGAGUGAGCAUACUCUUUCUGGUGACCUGGUACCCCAUUGCCACCCAUCCCAGGGGACAGUCUGGACCCAUGCAAAGGGACCCCCUAAAUGACACAUCUUGCAUUUGCUGGUAUUUGGUGAGGGGCACUCGAUGUGUAAUGUAUUCUGUUGGGCCAGAGUUAAGAAUGCCGUGGUUUUAUAUACAUACAUAUAUAUAUAUAUAUAUGUAUAUAUAUACACAUAUAUAUAUAUAGACACAUAAAUAUGAUCGCUUUUCAUUUAAUUGUUUGAAGAAGCUACCUAACAGCCAUGCACACAUUUACGUAGCCGGCUGCUUACAAAGGGGACGAAGCAUCAGACUGGGCGGGUGGUGGAUUCUUGGCCAUCUUUGUGUUAAAGAAGCAGAGACUGAAUUAAAGAAAAUUUUCCAGUUCCAAAAAUUAAAGGAAUAUAUCCUUA